UAUUUGCCUUCGUUGACGAGGUGAUGAAAUCUAGUGUGUGCGCGUGAUGCCUUCAUGAAAAGUAUGGGCGAUGCAGGAGUGACGUUGACUGUUCGCGUGAUCAGAUCCUUCCAGCACCGGAAUGUCCGACCAAUUGUUCUGAAAAACGUCGACCUCAACUCGUGCGUCGAAGAUUUCUUGGCACUCGUCAAAGAUUCUAUCGGCGAGAACGCGUCGCUUCCGCCCCCAGUCAAGAAAUACGACUACGAUUCUUUGAAGAUCGAGCAUAAGGCGCACGGGGCGAAAACGAGUGAUCCGUUGAUCAACACAUUUGACGACGACAAACUCUUGUUGAAGCCAGGCAAAACUCUGAGGCAGUCCGGGGUUGAAAACGAGUGUGAAGUGUCGCUGUUCAAGUGGACGGAUUACGUGGCCUACGUCAGGUCCAAGACAGAAGUCUGA